UUCUUUGGGGACAAAAACAAUGUAAAAUUGAAUAACACAAAAUGUUAUUAGAAACAAUAAUUAUUGUGCAACUAAUAAGACUCACUCAUUUAACGUUUCACGAUAGUGGACAUGGAUUCAUAAGCAAAAAGUCAUCCUAUUUCGACGAAGAUUUAUCACAGAUUCACUUGAACUACUUCCAAAACGUCGAUAGUUUAGAGGGGCUCAAUUUGCGAUUCGAUCCUGAAGUUUUGGAUUUUCGCGAAAGACCUUUGGGUAGUCCUCAUUCUAGAACAGUGACUCUUUAUAAUACGAACAGCAACAAAUCAAUUGAUCUCACAUCUAUUUCUGGGAAUACAGUACAUUUUCAUAGCUCUUUUUUUGAGGACAAGCAAAUACCACCAAAUGGCAAUACCACCUUUAAAGUGGUUUAUUUGGGCAGGCAAGAAGGACCAGUGGAGAGUACAUUGUUUCUACACACAUCAAAUGGAUUUAUUAAAUAUAAAGUAAAAGCAUUUGGUACAUUUAACAGCUACAGAGUACGUCCAAUAGUAGGUGUAAAACUACCAAUAAACUCUACAUUUACUCCAGUAAUUUACAUGCACAAUCCUCAUUCAGAACCAAUACAGAUUGUAGAAAUCUACAGUAGUGGCGGGGGUUUUCACUUGGAAUUACCUGGGGGGCAACACGAAGGCUCCAAUGACUUGUGGGAAAUCAACCCUCAAGAAACCAAAGCAGUUAUAAGGGUGCGAUUUGAAGCUAAGCUGCCUCACAAUCAUACAGCUUAUAUCAGAAUUAAACUUCACAAUCCCCAAGAAAUCUUAAUAGUGCCCUUGGAAGUUGAGGUGACUCAAGGGCAAAACAUCUUCCAUCCUCAAGGACAUGUGGAUUUCGGUAUGGGUGGCUCAAUGGACGAGCCUAAAGAGGUGGACUUAUGCCUUUUUAACCCUUUGAAGCGCGCCAUAAGGGUGCACAGCGUGUCUACCUUAUCAAAAUCCAUUAAAACCCAAUAUUAUAAUAUACGGAUUAAUCCUAGCGAGCAGGAGAACAAAUGCGUUAAUGUGGGAACUUUGACUUUAGAUUGGAAAAAUGCCCACCAAACUAAUGAUUAUUACGGCAAAAUAAUUGUAAAAUUUCGCAGCGGUAAAAACCGCACUGAAAUACCAUAUUUCUUAACCGUACUCAAAGGAGGCUUGAGUUAUGACAAAAUGUCCACCACAUAUUUCUUAAACGACAAAGAAAUGGACACAAAAGAGCGCAAAUUCGAAAUCCUAAACGAAUUUUUCCAUCCAGUCAAAAUCCUAGACAUAAAAUUCCCAUUUGAUAUUGACUCAACCUUUAAAAUCCAAACUCACACACCAAUUACCAUAAAACCCUUUGAAAAAAAGCCCCUGUUUAAUAUCUGGCUAAAAACCGAAACCAAAAAAACCGACAUCCAACUAACAAGCCACAUCAAAAUCCUCACCAACAUUUCAAACAUCCAAGUACCAUUGAUGAGCUACAAUGGAAAAAUCCAAAUUUAUUUACCAUUUACAAACGAGGAUAAAAUCCUUGAUGUAGGCCUUUUAGGACACAAUAAAAAAGUUCAAAUUCUUAUAACCCUUGCUAAUCCCAAUCCUGUCCCUUUGCCUUUGCUGGAUUUGUCUUGUUCUAUACCUUUUAGCCAGCUGGAAUUGUUGGGUUGCGGCACUGGAGAUCACAAACAAGUUUUAAUGUAUAAUUCGUUUGAGAAUUUGACUGAAUGUGAUACAAUUGAGGCACAAGGCUACGCCGUUGUGAAGUUGAUUAUAAAAACUAGGGAGGAAGAUGGGCAAAAGAAGGAGAAUAUUUACAUACAAACUCCUUUUGAAAACUUGUCGCUGCCUGUUUAUUAUAGAGUGGCUCCAGGAGAAAUUAUUAUUGACAGAGACGAUUUGGUUUUUGAUAAUUGCUUUCCUGCAAAAACUUGCUCGCACCCUCUCAGAGUGUUUUCCUCCUUUUCUGAAAAAAUGCUCGUCCUAAACGUUUUACCUUUACCUCCGGACAAGAGGAUAUCCGCCUCAAUGACCAGCAUGAUUUUACCCAAAAUAAACCACAUAAUCGGUCAUUUGUAUUUCAAUCCCAACUUAGAUUGCAGCCCUGAAUGUUAUACAGGAUUUGUCAGUGAAAGUACAGCUUCUUGGCUUAGAACAUUACCAAUAUCUAAACAAGUGUCCGAAUACGAUUUAAGAUUGGUCAAUACUUUUUACAGCAGGUAUUUGAAUUUUACCCAAAAGGCCCUGAGAAAUGUUACGUUUAGAAUGGACACUAGUGAUGUUAAAGGGCAAACAUUUGUCAGCAAAAUAAACUACACUUGGCCCAGUCUAAUCAAAGAUAAUUUGAAUACUUUACAAUUCCCUUUGACACAGAUUCAUAACUCAUCAUUUAAAACCUUGCAUUUGCAAAAUCCUGCAAAUUACAGUGUGGUAGUUCAAUUACUAUUUGAAAACGAUUAUCCACAUGCUGAAAUGCUCUAUGACGGACUACCAAUAAGUUUUAUACCGUAUUCUGAAGUCAAAUACACUAGCAACAAUUGGUUUUCAUUUGAUGAGCGCCUCAUGGAAAAUCAACGCAAAUAUUUCUUUGAGCAUUUAGGGGUGGGAGUCUACAAAGCAUCUUUAACUUUUCUACUACUUCCAGGCCAAUCUAGAAAAGUUUGUUUGGAGUUUAAGGCCGAAGAACCAAGAGCUUAUUCCAGUCUUUUACUUAUAAGAAACAAUUUAACUAUAAUUGAAGUUGUAAGGCUUAAUGGCAAAGGUACUGUGCCAAGAUUUGAGUUUGCUGGUCUUAGGCCUGGGGACUUAAAACCGCUACAAUUUGAUUUAAGUGAGAAGCAACUUAAGUAUUGUAAUAAGGAGUUGCAUAGUAAUCCUUAUUUGCCCGAUUUGACUGUAAAGGAGAGUUUUUGGGCUAGGAAUUUGGGAGAAAUCCCGGUGCAAGUUAAUAGUUUUUCUAUUAACGGAUUCUGGUGUGAAGGAUUUGGGUUCAAAGUUUUAGAUUGCGAAUCCUUCACGCUAUUGCCAAAUUGCUCCAAGAAAAUCGAGUUGGCAUUUACGCCUGAUUUGACCCUACAAGAAAUUACGCGCGUGUUAAUAAUUGGCACCAGCAUUAAUACUUUUGUUAAUUAUUCUCUUAAAGCUACAAUUCCGAGGAGUUAUUGCAGGCAUUGCAGCCUUUUACUGCAAAGGCCUCCUUGGGAAUCAUCCAUGGCCUUUGCGGUCAAUAUAUUUUUAGCUGUAAUGCUUUUUUUGGUAGUGAUGGUUGCUAUUUUGGACUCCAAUACGAUUAAAAAUAAAGCUAUUGAGAUUUAUAUGGCUUCAAAUGCCCCUCCUCUAAUGCCUGUUUGGGAUUUGAAAAAGAUUGGCAAACAAGUCAGGGAAGAGAUUCAGUCUGCCUUAAAGGAAAAAGCUAAAGCUGAUUCAAAUGAAGGGGCUUCGCCUGAAGAUUGUGUCAAAUCAGAGCCUGCUAUAAUUCCAACAACAGGUAGAGCUAAAAGAAAGCUCAACCACAAAAAUAGCUCCAAUGAGCAAGCAGAAGAGGAGCGCAGGCAAAAGAAAAAAGACAUUCUAUACGAACGUCACCGGUUAAAGUCCAGAGAAAGGAAGACUGAAAAAGAGCUAAAAUUACUCGAAGACAAAGGCAGAAAAGAGAAACAUGCCCAACAAAUUAAUGAUACAAAGAAAAACGUAGCUCCAGCAAAAAAACCAAACAAAUCUCAAGAAGAAGAAAUCUCCUCAACAACCACUGAAAGCAGCAAUAGCAGCACAAACUGUGACGAAAUCGACAAAGAAAAUCAACGAUCCAGUUGGCCAAAACAAAAAGAUGACACAAAAAUCAAACACGUGAGCUUUGUUAAUAGCAAGUUAAAACACACAGAUCAAGACAAAACCGAACAAAAACGACGCCAAUUCAAAGAGCGCAAAGAUAAGCUCAUUUACCGUCACAAAACAAAACAAGUUGAAGCCGCAGUUGAAAAAGAACCCUCACUUAAAACUCCUCCUGCUAGUUUCUUUAUACCAUUACCAACAGUUUCUACAAGUUGUGCUGCUUGGUGCGAAAACAAGGCCCGAUUCAGUGACGUGGUUGCCCGACAAGAACAACAUGAAGAGUUAAAUCCCAGCCCCCUUAAAACCAAACCAACAGUUUACGUUGAACCUUUUAAACCAGUAGACUUAGGCCCUAUUGGCUCAAAACGCUUAGGAACUCCUGAAAGCAACAGCCCAGAUUUAUUUAACAACAGACCGCAAGAAUUCCAUCCAAUAAACGAUACAAGCGUUAUUGCAGUAGCAAACAAUCCAUUUUUGGGUGACCAAUGGCCCAGACAGCAAGUUUUCCGCGACAUUACAGACGAAAGUCUAUUCACUGAUGAAUCAUGGAAAGUGCCCCAACAUCCUACUACCAACGACUGGUCAAACACCUUCAGUACCGUCUUAAAUUCAACAUCCAAAUUAGCAAAUAACGCGUCUUAUUUGUGGGGUUCCCCGAUUUGGAAGCCCUGGUCGCCUGCAGAUUCGCCUAGUGCAGUCAGACGUACUCCGCCUGGUUUUGAUGAUCAAAUUCAGAAGCAAAAACGAGCUGCAGAGGAGCAAAAAAUGAAAGAGCCCUAUGAUUUGGGUGCGGGUGCCACUUGGAACCAACCCUGGGAGUAAAAAAAUAAUUCUUAAUAAAUGUAAAUGUGAA